AUGGCAGUUGCCAUUGAUGUCAUCCCGGACAGCGACAGCGAUGUCGCAGAGAUUGUGGAUGUGGUGGAGAUGGUCGAUAGUGAAGACGAGGACGAGGUGGCAGAGGUGAAUCCAUCGGGCUCGCCCCCUUUGAGCUUCCACGGGUAUCGUCGCGGGCGUGAGCUCGGGCAGGGCGGCUCGAGCCAGGUUUUCGUUUGCAGCAAGGCAGGCUGUCAAAUCGGCUUCGCAGCCAAAGCGGUAAACCUCCGCAGAUUGCGCAUGAGCCCGGAUGUUGAAAGGGAGCUCAAGAAGCUUUCCCGAGAGGUGGACAUUUGGAAAAAACUUCCCGGCCAUCCCAACAUUGUUCAGCUGGUCGACUCGUUUCAAGAAGGCUCUUGGUUUCUCAUGGUCUUGGAGUUGGUCGGCGGUGGCGACCUUUUUACGGUCCUCACGUCCAGAUCGCCAUCUCGAUUCCUGGACCGUGAAGCCGCCUACAUUGGAACGCAGCUCGUGCAAGGGCUCGCAUUUCUUCAUAGCCAAGGCGUCAUACACCGAGACCUAAAGCUGGAGAAUGUGCUGGUUGCCUCCCAAAGACGAUCUUACACGAACGGGCCUAUGCUGUACAAUGUCAAAAUCACGGACUUCGGGCUGUCGAGAGUUUUGGAUCCCAGUGCGUCUGAUGCCUUGUCGACUGUGGGCACCCAGCCGUACUGUGCGCCAGAAGUUCUUGGUGAAGGGUCCCACAGCUUCAGCGCAGACGUUUGGUGCUUGGGAGUGCUGCUGUUUGUCUUGAUCGCCGGGCAUUUUCCGUACAGCAGCGUGCCGACAGAGCAGCCAGACCUCGACUGCAUAGUGGACAGCAUCUCAGCGACAGAAGCUGCGAAGGUCUUGCUGCUUGGACUCCUGCAGAUACAGCCGCAGAUGAGGAGCCACCUGCCAGACCUCAUCACCCACCAGUGGUUCCAAGAAGAGGAUGAUAUGCAGGCUCAGCCUUUGAAGCGGCAUCGAACGCAGCAAAUGAGCGAUGUUGGCAGCGCGCCAAGAAGUCUUCAGGAAAUUCAGGAAGUGCCACAAGCAAUCGAAGAGGUGGAGACUUCGCAACACUCGCCAUGCGAUUCACCUUUUCCCUGUUCGCCGUUUCCGUGCGAGUCCCCGUUGCCGUGUCCAUCGCCUUUGCCCGCAGCUUCGCCAUUGCCUGCACCAUCACCAUUGGAUAUGGAAGGAAUUGCUUCGCCGGGUGUUUGGACGCCGUUUGCAGUGGAAGCCACUGUGAAGCUGAGUGAAGUGCAACCACCCGCCGACUUGCAACCGGAUUACAUGCAGGUGCAUGUUAUCAUCCAAGAUCGAUAUGCAGGUUUCAUCUUGGGGAAGAGUGGUACAAGAAUCCAGAAAACGGCAUUCAAGAGCGGCUGCAAGGUUUGGAUGACUUCACGAGAUGGCAGCCAGGAUCGUCGCGUGAUCAUCAUUGGCGGCUACAAGCAGUGCAAGCUGGCACAGCAGAUGAUUCACGAGCAGUUGGCGACUGCGAUGCACAUGGACUGGCAAGAUGCCGAAGCCGACACUGUCCUCCUCGUCCGUGCCGAAGCAGCCGGUAUGGUGACCGGGAAGCAAGGCUUCGUGUUGAAUCAGAUCCGUAAGCAGUCCGGAGCACAAGUUCAGCUGCUCCGCGAUGAAGUGCAAGGAACACGACCUUGCAUUAUCAGUGGCACUCUCCAGAGCAUCCUCAGGGCUCAGAAACAUAUCUUUGAAUUGGUGCGAGCCGCGCCGGUUGUGGUCCGCCCUACCACUCCAAAUUUGCGACCGUCACAGCAGCCGUUUGCCGGAUGA